CAGGAACCGCACACAUGACUUUAGACCUGCUUUCUGCGAUGCCGUUUUUUUACGGUUUCCCACCGAAUCGCGCUUUGCUUCAGCCAGGCAGAUCUUGAGCUGUUUCUCCACACCUGACUGCCUUCAUCUUCAUCUUCAUCAUGGCCGACAUCCCGCAGCUCAUUAAAAUCGGCGUUUCGCUGAAAACCACACCGAAUAACGGACCCGUUUACUUCAAAUCAGACGGAACCAGAUUCGGUCAGACCAGAACCAUCAAACUACUGACCGGAACUAAAUACAAAAUGGACGUGGUGGUCAAACCGGGAGCAGUGGAGGCGACAUCCAUGACUGUAGGCGGAGUGACGUUUCCUCUGGAGCAGCAGUCUAAAGACCCGCAGUCUGUGGUCUACAGCGGCAUGUAUAACACUGAAGGAGUAACACACACUAAAAGCGGAGAGAGGCAGCCUGUUCAGGUCAGCAUACAGUUCACUCAGGCUGGUGUUUUCGAGACGGUCUGGCAGGUGAAGUUUUACAACUACAACAAGAGAGAUCAUUGCCAGUGGGGGAACAGCUUCAACAGCAUCGAGUAUGAGUGCAAACCUAACGACACACACACACUCAUGUGGAUCAAUAAAGAGAUGUUCCUGUGAAUCAGAGGAUAUCUGCUGAAGAAACAACACACACACACACACACACACACACACACACACACACACACACAUGCUCUGACUGUGAUGGAAACUGCUGGAAAAUGAAUCAGUGUAGAGAUGUAGCCUUCCCUGUGUCUAAAAGUUGAUUAGAGUGUCUUGAUGAAUUUACCCACAUUAUAAAAUACUACAGUAAUUCAGAGUAAAUACUACAGUGUUUUGAACCAUGCUAUAGUCAUACUGUACUGUGUAUUUUA